UGUCGCCAUCAUAUCUGGCUAAAUGUUAACCUAGCUUAAGUCGAAAAUAUAAAGUUACGUCUCUCUUUGACCCCCUUUUUUUGUUUCUUCUGUCGAGUUUCGAUGAAAUGCUGUAAUGUUGUGUCUCAGUAAAGACGUGUAGGACUGCUGUUGUGUUGUAGUUAGCAGGGCUGGGGUCUUGAGAAGCAGCAGCUAAGGGGCGGUGGGCUGCUAACCAGCUAGCUGGCCCAGCAAGCAACUAAAACACCUCAUAGAUACAUUAAAUGUUAAUCUUGAAUAAAACCACGGUCAUUUAGUGGACGUUGUCACCGGUUGUUUCCGCCACUGUCUCCGGUAGUGAAGUCGUUAGCUCUGCCGUUGCUAAGGAGCUAGCAGCGUCACAAAGCUAGCUGCCAACUCCGCUGAGGAACCGAGAAGAUUUAAAGCUAAAAAGGCUAAACAACAAGCUGGGGUCGGUCUGCUAAACUGGAGCUGGCAUCGUCACAUUACCCGUCUUCAACACCCGGCUGCAGGGCCUGACAACGACGAAGAUGUCUGAGGGAGAGAACAAGCAGGCCCAGGACACUGCCCAAGAGGGGAAAGCAGACAUGGCUACUGCAGCCACAGGUCAGACGGUGUCAUCAGUGUCUCCUCCUGUCUCCAUGGUGACCCAGCCUCCCGCCACAGCAGCCACAGAAGAUGAGGAAGAGGAGAGCGAGGAUGAGUCAGAGAUUCUGGAGGAGAGUCCGUGUGGACGCUGGCAGAAACGUAGAGAAGAGGUGAAUCAGCGCAACGUCCCCGGGAUUGAUAAUGCUUACUUGGCCAUGGACACAGAGGAAGGAGUUGAGGUGGUGUGGAAUGAGGUCAUGUUCUCAGAAAGGAAAAAUUUCAAACUGCAGGAGGAAAAAGUCAAAGCGGUCUUUGACAACUUGAUCCAGCUGGAGCAUUUAAACAUUGUGAAGUUCCACAAGUACUGGGCGGAAGUGAAAGAGAACAGAGCGAGGGUCAUUUUCAUCACUGAGUACAUGUCUUCAGGAAGUCUCAAACAGUUUUUGAAAAAGACAAAGAAAAACCACAAGACCAUGAAUGAAAAGGCCUGGAAGCGCUGGUGCAUACAGAUACUAUCAGCUCUCAGCUAUUUGCACUCCUGCGACCCUCCAAUCAUUCAUGGCAACUUGACAUGUGAUACCAUCUUCAUCCAGCACAACGGCCUCAUCAAGAUUGGCUCAGUUGCUCCAGAUACCAUUAACAACCAUGUAAAAACCUGCCGGGAAGAGCAGAAGAGCCUUCACUUCUUUGCUCCAGAAUAUGGAGCUGUUGCCAAUGUCACCACAGCCGUGGAUAUUUAUUCCUUUGGAAUGUGCGCCUUGGAGAUGGCUGUGUUAGAAAUCCAGAGUAAUGGAGAUUCGUCUUACGUGUCCCAAGAAGCCAUAAACAGUGCCAUUCAGUCUCUAGAGGACACAUUGCAACGGGAAUUUAUUCAGAAGUGUCUGGAGGUGGACCCCAGUAAGCGACCCAUAGCCAAGGAGCUGUUGUUUCACCAGGCCUUGUUUGAGGUGCCUUUACUCAAGCUGCUGGCUGCACACUGCAUUGUUGGCCACCAGCAUAUGAUCCCAGAAAAUGCUUUAGAAGAGAUGACUAAGAACAUGGACCCAAACUUGGUGAUUGUUGAAUGCAGGGAGGGAGUUCAGAUGAAACUCUCCCAGUUUCCUGCCCUUGAGCUGGACAAGUUCCUAGAAGAUGUCAGGAACGGGAUCUAUCCUCUGACUGCGUUUGGGAUGCCGUGUCCACAGCAACCUCAGCAGGAGACAGUCAAGUCGCCCAUAGUGCCCCCCUCAGUCAAAAGCCCGACCCCCGAACCGGCAGAGCUUGAGACCAGGAAGGUCCUUCAAAUGCAGUGUAAUAUCGAGCCUGUUGAUGAGGGCACCAAGCAUCAUCUGACCUUGCUGUUGAAACUUGAGGAUAAAUUGAACAGGCACUUGAGCUGUGAUUUGUUACCAAAUGAGAACGUGAACGAGCUGUCUGUGGAGCUUGUUCAGCUCGGAUUCAUCAGUGAGGGCGAUCAGCCACGGCUUGCAUCUGUUCUUGAAGAGGCCUUCUCAAAGUUCUACAGCCGGAAUGGUUCUCUCAAUCCGGUGACGGUUUCCUCGUAGCGGAGGACUCAUCAGGACUUCUGCCAGUCUUCCUCGUUCUCUUCGACAGGACUAGCUUUUUGCUCCAUCUCCCGAGUUGCUGGAAAGCUUUGCAAGGAAAGGGGGAGGAAUCCUUGGUCUGAUUGCAGAUCCUGCAGCCUGUCCUUGUAUCCUCUGGUGGGAAAAGCUGCCACUAAGUGGUUGUCGCUUUCUAUCUUUUUUUUUUUUUUUGUCCUCCCACCCAAUACAGCCAUCUGCUUCUCUUUUAAAAGAGGAAAUCCUAGUUGCAACUUAAAGGAAAAUACAAAUGUGUCACUUUUUGCUUAUUUCUUUCCGUUCUAAAGUAGUGAAGAAAUGGUAGAGGUAAGCAAAACAAAACUGGAUAACAGCAGUAUUUUCCUUGAGUCAGUAUUAAAACUGUAUUUUAAACAUUUUUACUUCAAACUGUUUAAUAGUUGUAUGAAAAAAAAAAUCUUUGUCCUGGCAUACUGAGGUGUAUGUGUUACGGUGUUGUAAGGUCUAGUCUGGUUGUCUGGUCCUUUUAACUUUCUCUUGAGCAGUGAGUGAGGCAUUGUCCUACCUUGUAUCAGUUUUCGAAGACUCUUGAAUGCAUCAAGCUAGUUUGUGCAACAGAUGCAACAUCACUUCUACUUCAAAAUUCUGUAAAAAUACAAUGUAGUCAUGAAACAUGCGGCUGCAACACAAGUUAAAGAGUAACAGCUACAGAUAAAAUAUUCAAAAUCCAACUAUUUAUUUGUGUAUCUUUUUUUGAAUGUGUUCUUCACUUCCAGCACUAAGGCCGGUGGUUGUUUAAAUGUAUGCUUUUAAUGGCUACUCUUUCUUUAAAUCAAGCUGUUAUUUUCUAUGAAAAGGGUGUCGUCACUUGACUGUGGUCCAACUUCUACUGUAGGUUCUGUUUUUUUUUUAAAGUAGCCCAUUGCAGCACUUAUUGAUUAGGGCUAGUUCAAAUAAAGGUUGUGUUUAGAUGACAUUUUACACAGGAGAGAUUGGUCCGGUGCCAUUUGAAGAUGCUUUGGUCUUUAAGCACAUGAUCUAUGGUGUUUUGUCAACAGGUGUGGUGAAUGCAUGUAUGCUUCUGUAUAUCUAAAUGGAAACUGGUGCACACAAUAAGCUUGCAUCAGGAGUCAAGAUCUCUCAUUAUAUCCAUGGUGCAGAUAGAUUCAAGUAAUUUAUCAUGCAGUGACUUUCCAAAAAGUUUUGGUCAAUCUUGGGACUGAAAUUUGAACAUAUUGUAGCAGUGAAUUAUUGGUUUUCUUCAUAGCUGAAGUAUUCUGUGUGAUAGCAGAGCUUAAACAUGCUCCCACACUUACAUAUUCAGCUAUUUGUUCAGACCACUCUUAUCUGUUAAUUGUUUAUGGAUCUCUUGGCUAGUUUGCACUAUUGUACACUUUUUAUAUAAUUUGACUCCUGCUGGAAAUGUCCUGUGGCUUCCGGCAUCCUCACACCAACAGGAGGAACUUGGUUGAUUUGGAAAUGGCGUUAUUAAAAAAUUCAGCUAUCCAAGUCUUGUCUACUCAAUGCUGUGACUACCUUAUGACAGGGUCUGUAGAUACUGCAAAAUACAAGUGUGGGACUGCCUGGCAUGCUUGUUACCAUCUUGUACACUGUAUGCUGGACACUGCUCUGUUACUGCAAUGCAUUUACCCCCUUUUUCACUUCCUGAAAUAAAGAUUUACACUAUCAGCA